GGCUCGGUGUGAAAUCGGAAGGCCCCGGGGCAUCGGCACACGCCCGUCUCCGGAAGUCCCGCCUAUCUUGCAGCGGCUGUUCCCGGAAGUCCAUCUGCUUGUCGUGGGCGCGAUGGCGUCAAGGUUACUUCGUGGUGCAGGAACUCUGGCGGCGCAGGCCCUGAGGGCCCGUGGGCCCCAUGGCGUGGCCGUGGCACGCUCCAUGGCUUCUGGAGGUAUUCCUACUGAUGAGGAGCAGGCUACUGGGUUGGAGAGGGAGAUCAUGAUUGCUGCACAGAAGGGACUGGACCCAUACAAUAUACUGCCCCCAAAGGCUGCUUCAGGCACCAAGGAAGACCCUAAUUUAGUCCCAUCCAUCACCAAUAAGCGAAUAGUGGGCUGCAUCUGUGAAGAGGACAACUGUACUGUCAUCUGGUUCUGGCUGCACAAAGGCGAGACUCAACGAUGCCCAAGCUGUGGAACCCAUUACAAGCUGGUGCCCCACCAGCUAGCCCACUGAGCCCCUGCAUUAAUUUCUCAGAAUGUGCUAUAAAGUUUCUUCUCUCUAAUAAAGACUAGCCAUUGUGUUGGCUCCUCCCAUA